AUGGCCUGUGACGAACCCAAUGCUCUUUCGGGCAUCUUCAUGCGCCAGAACUCUGCCAGUGCCAUCUCUCUUGACUUCGAGCCUGAUGCUGACUACAACUUUGUUGAAACCUUAGAAGACAGGUACAAGUGUGCCUACUGCCACCUCGUGCUUCACAAUCCCCACCAGACGGGAUGCGGGCACCGAUUUUGCCAGCAGUGCAUUAUUUCUUUGAGAGAGCUGAAUGCAGUACCCACCUGUCCUGUUGACAAAGAAACAAUAAAAAUGCAUGAGGUGUUCAAAGACAACUGCUGUAAAAGAGAGGUCCUCAACUUGCACGUGUUUUGCAAAAACACUCCUGACUGCAAUUCAAAAAUAAUUCUGGGACGAUAUCAGGAGCAUCUUCAGCAGUGUUUGUUUGAAAGUGUGCAAUGCACUAAUGAUGGAUGUUGUGAACAAAUUCUUCGGAAAGACCUAAAAGAGCAUUUAAGCCAGCACUGUAAAUUUCGAGAAGAAAUGUGCCAGUACUGUAAUAAAUAUGUGGUGUUAAUUAACAUAAAGAAUCAUGAAGAAAAUGACUGUCCUGAUUACCCUGUGCCUUGUCUCCGAAACUGUUCACAAAUUAUUCUGAAAAAAGAGAUUGACAAACACCACAUGGUUUGUCCUGAGGCAGAAGUGGACUGCCCAUAUAAGCAGUAUGGCUGUCUUGCAAAGGUUAAAAGAGGGAAACUUGCUGAACAUGAAAACAGUGCCCUGAGGGAGCACAUGCUGCAGAUUUUAGACAAGAACUCCCGGCUGGAAGAACAGAUAUCUGAUCUAUAUAAGAGCCUGGAAUGUAAAGAGAUUAAAAUCCAGCAGCUAGCAGAGGCCAUUAAAAAGUGUGAGAAAGAAUUCCGGCAGUUUACACAACUGUUUGGUAAAAAUAGCAACUUGAUGGUAAGCACACAGGCUCUGGCCAGUCACCUGGAUAAGUCUGCACGCCUGGAAUCACAAGUGAAACAGCUAAUACAGAUGGCAAACCAGCAACAAAGCAAAUUAGACUUGAGGCCUUUGUUUGACACAAUUGAAAAUGUAAAACAGACAAUUGCCCUGAUGGAGACAUAUGACCAGCGCUUGGUUGUUUUGGAAGAUCAGUCCAGCAAACAUGAUCUCCAGAUCAAUAUUCACAAAGCACAGCUUAAUAAAAAUGAAGAACGAUUUAAGCUUUUGGAAGGCACGUGCUACAAUGGGAAAUUAAUCUGGAAAAUCACGGACUACAGGAUGAAGAAAAAAGAAGCAGUGGAAGGCCGUGUCCUCUCCAUAUUCAGCCAGCCCUUUUACACCAGCCGCUGUGGGUACAGGUUAUGCGCAAGAGCCUACCUGAACGGGGAUGGCUCAGGAAAAGGAACACAUGUCUCUCUCUACUUCGUAGUGAUGAGAGGGGAGUUUGACUCGCUGCUACUGUGGCCUUUCAAGCAAAAAGUUACACUUAUGCUUUUGGACCAAAGUGCAAAAAAAAAUCACAUUGUGGAAGUGUUUAGAGCUGACCCCAAUAGCAGCAGUUUCAAAAGGCCAGAUGGAGAAAUGAAUAUUGCCUCUGGAUGUCCACGCUUCGUUUCACACGCGGUCUUGGAGAACACAAAGAACACCUACAUCAGAGACGACACUCUGUUUUUGAAAGUGGUGGUGGAUUUAUCCGAUCUGGAAGAAUUGUGA